UUCUGCUCCAUGGAGAAUGCAAAUCAGCAUAUCCCUACGUGGAAUGGUAGCGCUGCGACAUGGGAGCGGUGCCAACAAAAUGUGAUGAACUACGUGGACGGCACAAAGUGGGAGGACAGGUAUCUGUGCGGCCCCAGGUUGGUGGCACGCCUGUCCGGGCCGGCGGCGACGGCGUGCAUAGGUCGGCCGAGAGGCUGGCUUUCGUCCAUGUGGGGUGCGGACAAGCUGCUGGAGCACCUGCAGCAGACGGUCAUGAGGCAGCCCGUCGAGGACGUUGGCCACUACAUGGAAGAGUACUUCGUGAAACUUCGCCGCCGGCGCGGCGAGGGUAUGGCCGAGUAUUGCUUGCGGGUACACGAGAGCUACCAACGGCUGCGAGUGGCGCUCGCCCGGAUGAUCGGCAAGACGGAGAUCGUGAAGACACCAGCGACGACAGCGACGGCCUUCGACGAGUGGCCAGUGGACGUGGGGUCGGGUUUGUGGCAUCGGAUAGGUGGCGGUGAGGAGGGCACCGUUGCAGAUGCGGAGCCUGACGAAGUCCGAGACUGGGAGGUCGAGGGAGGAGCUGACGGACAAGACUGGCGGCGGCGCCAGCGCUGGUGGCAGGGCGGCUGGAACGACGGUCACUGGCAACAGCGCGGCUUCGACCGUGAGAGCCAGGGCACGUUCCCGACGCAUGACCUGCCGGAGGUUCUCCCGAGCAUCAUCAGGGGCUGGUAUCUACUCCACCGAGCGGGUCUGGACGGUGGUGAGAUCGCGGCGGUCAUCGGAUCAUGCAGGGGCGACUUCACCGUGGACAGCGUGGAGAGCGCGUUACGUACUCAGUGGCCCAGCGACGAGAAUCUGAAGGGCCGGGACUAUAGGAAGUCAAAGUUCAUCCGUCAGCAAGUGGCGGCAGCGGCGUUCUACGGCGAGGACGCCCAGACCUGGAACGGAGAGGAGGAGCGUGAUCACGCUCUAGUGACAUCGGUGGCGGAAGCUGAACCGGAGGAAGACGGGGAUGAAGGUGACGAUUCGGCUUUCGCUAAUGCCAUCGACGAGGAAGAAGAAGCUUUUGCCCAGUUCCAGGCCAGUCAGCGCAGGCUUCAAGAAGCCCGACAGCAGAUCAACAAGCACAGGACAGGACGGCGUUUCUUCAACAACAAUGGCGCUUCUCGAAGUGAUGGUCGUCAAGGACCCUGCCUAAAGUGCGGAGGAGCCCAUCGUACAGGUGCGUGUCCGGACCGUGGAGAUCCAAAGCUCGCUGGACGUGCACCUGGUCCCAGAGGACCCCCACAGCAGGGGGAGACGUUCAAUGGGCUGGUCCUGACGGCGGAGAUCGUCGACGGAGAUUGCGUCGACCUGAACAACAGUGUGGACUUAGAUGACCCUGAGAUCAAGAUGGCCUACAUCGUAUCGAGGACAACGGAGAUGGGCCACGGAAUCAUGGACUCCGGAGCUACGAAGACCAUCGGCGGCAUCGAGGCGGUGGAGGCAUUGAAUGAGCUGCUCAUCGCAAGGGGUCAUCCGCCGAUGGAGGUGGACCUGACUGACCGCCCAGUGCACAAGUUCGGGAACGGCGAGGUGAAGCGGGUCCUCUGCCGGGUAAAGUUCAAGCUGCAAGUCGAGGGCGUGUAUGUGUCUUUCCUGGUUCAUGCGGUCGACGCUCCUGGGAUUCCCAUUUUGGUAUCCAUCGAGACGCUGAGGCAGCUCGGAGCCGUGAUCGACUUCGAGGCCGGCAUCGGCGUCUUCAAGAGCAUCGACCCGCACAGGAUGAUUUCUUUCCAGAGGUCCAGGACUGGCCACCUCCUGAUCGACUUGGCGUGCGAUCUCCUGGGCGACGUCGGGGUCACCGACAGGCCGGGCGAUUGCAUCUUGAGCCGUGGCGUGGCUUCGCUUUCUAGCCAGGCGCCGCUCCCCGCGCUUGGAGACACUGUCGAGGAGGCGCCCGACUCCAAAAUGGGCUCCGAGUGGGACCUCGAGGAGCUCUGCUGGAACCCGGUCUACUACCUCCUGUUCGAGACGGGCAACUCUCGGGACCUCAAGGGUUGGUUCGAGGGGGCGUCUCUCGAGAUGCACGGUCACCCUCACACCUCGACGAUGCGCAAGGCCGAGCUUCAGGCGGAGCUAUGCCAGUGGGACGAGGACUGCCGACACAUGACGGUGGAGAUGCUCCGUGCCAGGCUGCGGCAGAUUCACAAGGCGAUGCCCCUCGAGAUGAGGCCGACGUCCAUGCACAAGAAAAAGGCGGAGUUGACGAAGGACGCAGAGGAGGUCGGAUGCGUGCUCACAGGCAAGGAGACAAAAGGGGACCUCCAGAUCCUGAUCGUCGAGAGGCACAAGGACCUCGGUGUCCAGGUCAGUCCCUCCGAGGUCAUCCCGUUCGGCAGGCACCGCGGCAAGACGUACCUCCACCUGUUCGAGAAGGAGCGCGAAUAUGCGGGCUGGCUGGUGAGCAUGAAAGACCCGAGGUUCAAGAAGCUGACCGAUUGGUUGGUCUCCAAGGGUUUGAAGGCCGAGGACAUGAUGAACAAGGAGAAGUUCGAGCUUCCGCAGCCAGAGGUGAAGUACGAGAAGUCGGAGAGCCCAUGGUUCGUGGUCAAGGAUGUCAAGGAGGAGAGCGCACAGAGGAUCCCGAACCGUCCGACGAUGAAGAGGCUGUGCCACGAGGAGCCGGUCAGGAUGGAGGACGUCAAGACCAGGGAGGACCAGAUCAUCGACCUGCUGGGGGACAUGAAGAAUCAGAUGCACGCGCUGACCUCGAGAGUGCAGAAGGCGACCUGGCUGGCGGGGCACCUGGACAAGAGCGUUACGCCGGCGUGGUCGCUCCUGACGGACACUGCGAAGGUCAAGCUAAUGGAGGUUCUGCAGAGCCGUAAGAAGUCCAAGAGGUUGAUCAGGAACUGCCUGAUCCUCGUCAUGGAUCAGGUGGCAGAUCAAGGACAUGUACACUGGGAGUGGCCGAAGGACCUCUCACCUUACCGCUGGCCCGAGCUCCGUCAAGUUUUCAGAGACGCCGAGAUGCAGCCCACAGUGUGUGACGGCUGCAUGCUCGGGGUCAAGGCCAUAGACACGGGUUUGGCGAUGCAGAAGCCGUGGGAGAUUUGGUCGACGUCCAGUGUACUCCGUCAGCGUCUGGCGGUGCGGUGCGAUGGACGCCAUUCUCACUCUCCGUGCGUAGGUGGAGCCCGGACGGCGGCCACGGCCUACUAUCCUGACGAGUUCGUCCGGAGAGCAGUCAGAGCGAUGCUACACGAGCCGGGCUACAUGGAGAUCAAACGGCACAUCGAGGAGCAGGAGGGUGAGAACGACCUGGAGCUGGGCUACGCAGUCUCGAAGUCUGACGCAGAGAUUGACGCUAACACGCUCAGGAAGGUGGAGAUUUCAGCUCGACGUAUCCAUGCCGCGUGUGGUCAUUGCCCGUUCGCCCAGGUGGCGAAAUCUUUGGCAGCCAAGGGAGCGGACAAGCGGAUCGUCGACCAUGUCAGGCAGAUGCGUUGUUCAGCGUGUGACGAGAGUCAGAAGCACUGUCCACCCCGACCGGUGGGGUCAGCUGACGAAGUUCCGAAGAAGUGGGCAGUGCUUCAGAGCGAUCUGGCUGAAUGGGAGGAUCCAUGUACUCAUGAGAAGUUCAAGAUGGUCCUCUACCUGGAUAUGGGAAGCCGACUGGGAGUAGGACACACUUUAUACAAGAUGGUCAAGAGCAGGAACGCCACGGCAGAGGAUUUGAAAUAUUCAAUUUGGAGCAGGUGGAUCGGGUAUUUCGGUCGACCUCGAGUGCUUCAGGUAGACCCUGAAGGUGCGUGGAUGAGCAACGCUAUCCGGGAGAACCUGGAAGGAAGCGGUAUUCAGAUGGAUCCCAUUCCAGGUCAAGCUCAUUGGCAGAUCGGCGGGGUCGAGAGACUCAUCAGCCUCAUCAAGGAUACCAUGACAGUGUUGGCGAAGGAGCAUCCUGGAAGAUCAUGCGAGGAGUACCUGGCCAGGGCUAUGGCCGCCUACAAUGAGUUCGACCGACACCGGGGUUUCUCACCUCUUCAAGUGGCACUGGGACGAGCACCAGAUCUAGAUGGUGCGUUCAUCGACGUUCCCGGUGACCCGAUCAACCUUCCAGCUCUGGAGUCGGAGGCCAUAGACGCAGAGUUCGGGAACAAUUUCCAGCUCAUGAGGAAGGCACAGGAGGAGCUCUUGAGGUGGAUUUACGGCGAGCGAGCUAGGCGUGCAGCACAUGCCAGAUCUCGGCGCCUUCGAGUCUACACACCCGGCACCCUGGUCUACUACUUCAGGAACCCGAAGAGCAGCUCUAUGACUGGACGUUUCUACGGGCCCGCACGCGUGCUGGCGAGCGAGACUGUUCACCGGCACGGUGAAGCUCAAGCUCGACCGAGAGUGUGGCUGAACGCAUGCGGGCGGCUCAUCAGGUGUGAUCCCUGUCAGCUGCGAGACGCCUCGGAUCGCGAGAUUGCCGAGCAUGACAUACUGCAUGGAGCUGAACUGCCGUGGACAUUCAACCAACUCACGAGCAACCUGCGACCAGGUCAGUACGAGGAUCUGGCGGAGGACGAGCGUCUCAUACCUUCUGAUCGCGACUACGAUGAGGACAAGUCAGACAGGCAAUUGGCGAAGGACGAGAAGGAGCAGAGUGCAUUGCUGGUCGAGAGCGAGUCCGAGUCUUGCUUCUGGGCCAAGGAAGAUAGCGCCGUCGAGAUCGAGAUCACUCUUCCGGAGGGAGCCAGGGCCUGCACGGCCGUGCGAGACCUUGGAGCGUUCGUGGCCACUCAACUGCGUCGACAGCGAGCUGAGGUACGAGAACGAUCUUUGUCGGCUGACGACCUGGCGAAGUUCAAGAAAGCCAAGUCCAAAGAGGCACAGGAGUGGAUCAAGGAGAUGGUCCUGGAGGCGUUGCCCGAACAUGUACGAGUGCCAGCCGAUCGUCUCAUGCGACUUCGGUGGGUCCUGACGUGGAAGAUCGAUCCAUCAGAACCUGGUGGACGAAAAGCAAAGGCUCGCCUCGUCAUCCUGGGCUAUCAGGACCCCGACCUGACCACCGAGGAAUCAUAUGCACCAACCGCCACCAGGACAGCCAGGCAGGUCUUCCUUCAGAAGGCGGCUCAUCUACGAAUGCGGGUGGCCAAGGGCGAUGUCAAGUCGGCGUUUCUCCAAGGUGAGGAGCUGGAUCGUGAUCUGUUCGUGAGACCGACCGGAGAUAUCGCGGAGUUUCUUGGCCUUCGACCCGGACAAGUGGCGAUCCUCAAGAAGUCAGCGUACGGUCUGGUGCAGGCUCCUCGGGCGUGGCACCAAGCAGUGAACAAGAAGUUACAAGAGCUGGGCUGGCGACAACUGGAGUCAGACCCGUGUGUGUGGAUUCUGACGCGGUUCAUCUCUGAUGGACAACCUGAGUACAUCAUCGGGAUGGCGCUGUCACAUGUGGAUGAUUUUCUUUUUGCAGGUCGUGACGGAGAUGAUGUGUGGACCCGUGCUAAGAAGUCAAUCAUGGACGCCUUCCGAUGGACCGAGUGGGAGUACGGUAAGUUCACGCAGUGCGGGGUGGACAUCUACCAGCGCGAGGACUACAGCUUUCGGCUGGAUCAGAAGACCUACCUGGAGCAGAUCGUGGAGAUCGAGGUGCCUCCCGACAGGAGGCGACAGCCAUCGUCGCCCGUCACAUCAUCAGAAAAGAGUCAGUUCCGAGCGGCCACGGGCAGUCUCCAAUGGAAGGGUACGCAGACCGGGCCGGACAUCCUAGCAGAGCUGAGUCUGUUGCAGAGUAAGACAGAGUCGUGCAUCGUAGAGGACCUCCUGAAGGUAAACAAGUUGAUCAAGAGAGCCAAAGAGGGUAACAACAGAUUCCUGGAGGUGUUUUCGUUUCCCGAGAAGGAGUCUUUGGCGGUCGUAGGCGGCGCUGCUGGAAAGAAGAACGUGCAGAGCUGCUUUGGAGGACAGCUCGAGGGACGAGUCGCGGAUCUUUCGUCUGGGUUGGUUCAGGCAGAGCAAGUGAACAACCAGCUGGUGCAGGAGAUCAACAGAGAAAUGGCAGGCCCACCGCAGGUAGAGAUUGCCAAGCUCGGCGUUGCUUGUAUCCUGGCUGGUGAGGAGGGCUAUGAUAUUUCGGGCAGUGACUUGGAGGAGACUAGCGAACGCGCUGCUAAGCUCAAGUCCGGCCUGCAGGAGGCGGCGCGCAACCUUCUCGGCGAGGCGGUGGCGAGGGCCAAGGCCUUUCAAGAGGAGCAGUCGGCCCUGCUUGCUCGGCUGGCUGCGAAGCGUCGCCGUCCGGACGUGGGCCCUGGAGCUGGUGGCGACCAGCCUGGGGCGGCGGCCCCAGCGGCGACGCCCUCUGCGACGCCUGGCACCGAGGGUGGCGCCACAGCUGCAGAGGAGGGGCCCCCUGUCGUCGUGGAGUCAGGGGAGUCCCCCGACGAAGCUGUUGCCCUCCAUCCUGCUGUCCAUGCUCGUGCUGCUAAGAUCCUGCAGCCUGGCAAGUCAGCGCCAGCGCCGCCUACUUCCUAG